AGAGACAACAUUGAUCAUUGUAAAUUUGUAAUCAACACAUGCAUGCUUAAUUUGUGACCACAAAAGUAGAUGCACCUAACCCCGGCCCCCCCUUGUGAUAUUAUAUUAUUUGCGAUUGAUAUAUAUUUUAUUAUUAUUACAAAUAAAAUUAUUUUUUAAAAGGAUUAGAACAAACUGUUUCGAUUGAAAUAUAUACAUCAUAUUGAAUACAUAUAAAUUGAUCUGUACAUACUUUUCGUAUCAAUGGAUUCUAAAAUUAAUAAUGUAAUGGCAAUGUAGCCGCCAUGUAAUUAAAGAACAGAUCGAAAUCAGGAUUUUAUUCUAAUAUACUCUAAUAAUUAUACCUUCCCUAAUAGGCUAAUAGAGCAGGACACAGACAGAUCGAUGCAUGGUUUAUUGGUUUAAACUUUAACUAAAUUAAGUACUCCGUAGUGUAUUAUUGUUCCUUGAUUCAUUUAAUUAAGUUCAAUCAAUGUAAGUAAAGAAAAGGUUAAAUCCACCAAAUUAUGAUAAGUACGUAGUAACUCGGUAGCUCGAUCACCACACAUGUUAUUAGAUCUAAUCCAAGAAAUUAAAUUAAAUUGUAAUAUGGUCGUUUGUGUACGAGUUCUUGCUUAUUACUUCAAUUUUAUUAAGACUUUAAGUUGGAGAGGAUAGAUGGUGUCAAGUCUAGGCUUCCUAAGGACUAUUUUGGAUGUUUAGUCGUUCUAUUUUGUUGACUGUCUCUUAUAUAUGUGCUAGCUCGUUAGCCUUUGAUUAGUAAAAUUUUCUUAAUUACUGAUAAAAAAAUAGAAAAAUAAAAACAAUAUGUUACGGGGUAAGAUCUACACUAUUAUGUACGUAAAAUAUGUUACAUACAAAUAAUCGUGCAUGGUCUCUUAAAAAUUUUAAUUAAAAACCUUGUAACAUUAAUAAAUCAAAGGCAAUGCAGGAACCAAUUAAUUCAACAAAUUGGCACAAAUAUAAAGUGGGACAAAAGUUGGGAAUAAUUGAUAUUGUAUUAGGGUCUAAUUUAAAAGUUUAAAGUCGGAUAAUGGGCAGCACGCAGUGAUGGCGCCUCCGAAAGAGAAACUUUAUCUUAGUCAGACGAAAAAGCCCAGGCAUAAAACCAACCCCAAACAAUGCAACUAACAUUCAGCAUUCUUUUUGCCUCUUUAAAAAAAAAAAACAAACCAAACUCGAUCCCUAAUUCUUUUCAUUUCCUACGUACGCCUUCUUUCUUAGUCCUUCGUACGUGCUCGGCUAGCUAAGCUAGAUAGUUAUGGAUUCCAUAAGAGAUGUUGAAGAGCAUAGAAUUAGCAAAGGUCAUCAUGUAUCGUUGACAUGGAAAGAUUUAUGGGUGACAAUCGCUGACGGUGGUGGUGGUGGUGGUGGUGGUGGUGGUGGCGGGCGACGGUCAAUCUUAGAAAAUGUGGGUGGUUAUGCAGAGCCAGGACAGGUGUUGGCUGUAAUGGGUCCUUCUGGUUGUGGCAAGUCCACUCUUUUGGAUGCUUUGGCUGGCAGGUUAGGUUCAAACACCAGGCAAACAGGAGAGAUUUUGAUCAAUGGUCGUAAACAAACUCUUGCUUUCGGGACUUCAGCAUAUGUGACACAAGAUGAUACAUUAAUGACAACACUAACAGUAAAAGAAGCAGUAUACUACUCAGCUCAGCUUCAACUACCUGAUUCAAUGACUAAAUCAGAGAAAAUAGCGCGAGCUAAUGAUGCAAUUAGAGACAUGGGAUUACAAGGUUGUAUCAACACAAGAAUUGGAGGGUGGAGUGUUAAAGGACUUAGUGGAGGUCAAAAGAGAAGAGUUAGUAUUUGUAUUGAAAUCUUGACAAAACCAAGGCUUCUUUUCUUAGACGAGCCUACUAGUGGACUUGAUAGCGCGGCUUCUUACCAUGUUAUGAGCCGUAUUAUUAAGCUUGCGAAACAGGAUCAGAGGACUGUUAUUGCUUCCAUUCAUCAACCUAGUAGUGAAGUCUUUGAGCUCUUUCAAAAUCUUUGUCUCCUCUCUUGUGGGAAACUCAUCUACUUUGGUCCUGCUUCAACUGCUACUGAGUUUUUUGCUGUGAGUGGAUUCCCCUGCCCAAGUAUGCGUAACCCUUCUGAUCACUACCUAAGAACUAUCAACAAGGACUUUGAAGCCGCAGAUAUCGAACAGGGGUUUGAUGGGAAAAAGAUCAGCACUGAAGAAGUGAUAAACGCGCUAGUGAAUUCAUACAGAUCAUCACAGACCUACCAGGAUGUCCAACAACAUAUAUCAACGAUAUGCCAAUUGGAGGGAAGUUCAACUGAAUCGAAAAGGAAACAUGCUAGCUUCAUAACUCAGUCGAUUGUUCUUACCAAGAGGUCUUUUGUGAACAUGUACCGUGACUUGGGAUACUAUUGGCUUCGACUUGCAAUCUACAUUGCACUUUGCUUAUGUGUUGGGACUAUAUUUUAUGACAUUGGCAGUUCAUAUGGUUCUAUUCAGGCUAGAGGAUCAAUGCUCAUGUUUGUUGCAGCUUUCCUGACUUUUAUGGCAAUUGGAGGGUUUCCUUCCUUUGUCGAGGACAUGAAGAUCUUUGAACGAGAACGACUCAACGGACACUACAGCGUUGGCGCCUACACAAUAGGCAACACACUCUCCUCAAUCCCUUACUUGCUGAUCAUCUCUGUAAUCCCAGGAGCAAUAGCUUACUAUCUUGUACACCUACAAAGAGAAUUCAGCCACUUUGUAUACUUCACACUAGUACUAUUCAUGUGCAUGAUGCUAGUCGAAAGCCUAAUGAUGAUCGUUGCAAGUUUAGUCCCGGACUUUCUAAUGGGCAUCAUAACCGGGGCAGGAAUUCAAGGUGUGAUGAUGUUAAACGGUGGGUUUUUCCGGUUGCCUAACGAUCUCCCUAAACCGUUCUGGAGGUAUCCAAUGUACUAUGUCGCGUUCCAUAAGUACGCGAAUCAAGGGUUUUACAAGAAUGAGUUUGAAGGAUUGAGGUUUCCAAAUGAUUUAGCAGGUGGUUCAGCAACUAUUACAGGGGAAGAGGUGUUGAGGAGUUUCUGGCAAGUUGAAAUGGGGUACUCUAAAUGGGUUGAUCUUGCAGUGUUGAUUGGUAUGGUUGUUGUUUAUAGGCUCAUGUUUUUGGGAAUUAUUAAGGCUUCUGAAAAGAUGAAGCCCAUGAUUAGGUCUUUCAAGUCCAAAACUCCUCAAGUUCAGCAAAGUUCUUAGUUUGCAUCUUGGCUUGUCAAAUUGUAGCAUAUGGUUUGAUGUUUUGUUUUUACGUGACACUACUAUUUGUUAAAUAUGUAAUUCAUUUAUUUAUAUAUUUGUGAAUGAAACUUUACAACUUGAAAUGAAAAAUUAUUAAGUUUGGCUCAAA